CAUUAAACGUUUUACGGUUUGUGACGCGUUCAUAGAGGUGAUAUUGUUCAAAAGUGGGAGCGUGGACAAAAUUAAGUAUGCAGCCCGAUGAGAGAUUGUACUAUCUGCCGAUGGCACCAGCAUCUGUUUUUACGCACGAAAGCGAUUGCGCAUGCAUGGUGGUGAGACGGAGACUGUUGAGCGGGGGACAACUGUGUAGUGUCGUCUUUUCUCUUUCCUGGACACUUGAGACUAAACACAGACGCACGAGCACACCGUGAUCCUGCUGCUAGGAAGCGAUGGAGACAUAAAUGAAACAAAGACACGGUGACGCGCAUGUGUGCGGUUUAGUGACAGGGACAAGUCCGCGGGGACAAACUUUUCUGCUUCCCCCUUUUCGCCCUCGAUCCUGUCCGCGGUGUUUCGCACACUGGGCUUAUUUCCAUUUACGUUGCGUUCAGGUGCUCCCACUGAUCAGAAAUACCCUUACGGGAAAGACAGCAGCACUCUGCUGUGGCGCUGGGUAUUGUCGGAUGAUCUCGUGUGUUUUAACACAAGACCAUGUAUAGAAUACCUAGUGAACUUCCUUAUAGAUGAGUGAAUUACAGGAAAUGAAGUUGACACUGAUCCCAGUUAGCACCAAAAAAAAAAAAAAAAAAAAAAAAAAAAAAAAAGUCAGAUCUCACUGACAAACCAUACAUCAGCCUAUGCUGUAUCGUAUAUAUCGUGUAACAUAUUGAUUCACAGGUAAACUUGAUUAUAUAUAACAAUAAAGCAACAGGAACGGUAACAGAAAAUUAUAUAAAAUUAAUUGGUCUAUAAAUGUCAGAAAAUGGCGAAACUUUCACAGAAUUUGCCGGCUGUUUUUCUUAAUGACUAAUUGUUGCAACACUAUUAUCAACAUGGGGCACCUCUAAAUUCCAGUCCCUUAUAAUAGCUUAAUACUAACACUCCUAAUAGUUAGGCUGUCUCACAAAUUAUAGCCCCAUCUCGGACUACUAAUCCAGGACACAUAUGAAUUAGAAUAAACUGUAUGUGGGAACAGAGAUAUUAUUUUUUUCUAAAAAUCAAUUUCCUCUGGAAACCCCAUCAGUGAACUAAAAAUUUACCACCCCAGAAACAAUACCAUGCCAAUUUCAUCUCAUGAAUGACGACAUUUCCGACAAGACUUGAAGGCAGCACCGGUGAAACGACAGAUAACAGUGAGAGACCCAGAGGAGCAACGAGAGAGAGAGAGAGAGAGGAGCAUAUACUGUUCUACAACCACAAGGAGAUAAGGAUUCGCCAGAGAUAAUAAUAAUUGUUGACGAUUUUUGCAGAGUUGAACAUCGGGUCGCGAUUGCCAGGUCUCUGCUCUGAAACACAGCCUACAGAGUGUCUCCUGUUAUCUCUGCUGGAUCUGGACUCUUUACAUUUGCUUGUGGAGAGCUGCACCGGUCUUCUCUCUCUUGAUGUGUGUGUGAGUGCUCGAGCCCAGCGCUGUUUUAACUGGUGAAUGAUAUAUGGUAUGUGCAGACUGGACUGGAACCUGAACGCUGCUAAUGUGCUUAAUAACUGAAGAGAAUGAAGAGAAGCCUAUAAAAUGAAGAAACAAAGUGUGGUGGAUAAGCUACCCUGAUGAAAAGACCACUCAAAUCUUCUCUCCAUUUACUCGGUGAUGACCUGGAAUUGAGAGGAAACCUUCACCUCAUUUUGACAAGAGACUGUUAAAUCUCAAUCAAUAGAUUUAUAUGCUUGGACUUGUAGCAUGAAAGAGCUGACAUUUUACUACAUGCAUCUAAAUAAAUGUUGACGCUAUAUACAUUGCUUUCUGUGGUGUCAGUGGCACGCAAGUAGUUUGAGCCACUGAUUCACUGACAGUGCUAGAUGAAGAUGGAUAGAUGGUGUUGCAUCUAGUAACUGGAGAGUGCUAAAUGAGCUGCUGUGUAAGCAGCUUGAUCUCUGGAUGAUUGAAGGCAGAUAGCAUUUUAACUGACCGACAAAAGCACACUAGAUGUGCAACUGCAGAUAGCAGUAGUUUUAAGUCUUACUUAGAUUGUGAAAGAACAAAUAGACAGAUAGUAGUUAAGUUUGUACAAUGAAUCCUAGAGACAAUGUGGAGAUGAUGGACACCCAGACAGGUGGUCAGAAGGAAAAACUAUGUGGUGACAAGGUCAACCCUGGAAAGGAGGUUGAGGGAGAAGAUGACAAAAUCCCUGAGGCAUACGAUUGCAACAUCUGUGGACGCAGCUUCCCGUUCCUCAGCUCUUUGUCGCAGCACAUGAGACGCCACACAGGUGCACGCCCAUACAAAUGCCCCUACUGUGACCACAGGGCCUCUCAGAAAGGCAACCUCAAAGUUCACAUUCGCAGCCACAAACUGGGCACUCUCUCGAGCCAUCACUCCAAUGAGGAUGAAGAGGGUGGGGCCGAGGAGGAAAUGAGUGUUUCAGAGGGUCUUGAUGGAGGUACGAGUCCAACUAAGAGCAGCUCAGCCUGUAACCGGGUGAUCAAUGGGGACAUAGGUGAGGAGAGUCGGAGGAAAGUGCCUGGGAGGAGCAUGAAAAGAGAGAAGUCUCUCAGUGAGCAGAGGCCUUACUGCUGCCGUCUGUGUGGCUAUGAGGCCCUACGAGAAGACCAGCUCCUCAGCCAUAUUGAAAAGGUCCACAUAACAGCAGACACAGAGGAGGAGGCCCCUGUUAAGGAAGAAGCAGAGGCUGAAUCUGAUCUCCCCCAACCCCAGAAUGAUGGGACAUUCCCCUGUGAGACCUGUGGACAGGUCUUUACCCAAGCCUGGUUUCUGAAGUCACACAUGAAGAAACAUGCAGGGAUCUUGGACCACUGCUGUCGUAUUUGUGGACGAAGGUUUCGGGAAGCUUGGUUUCUCAAAUCGCACAUGAAAACACACAACACCAAAUCCAGGUCACGAUCAAAAGCAGAUUCAGCUGAGCAUCCUGCCACCAUCAACGAUGUAGCCCAGGAUCCUGAAAUUAUCACUUGCUCUGUAACAUCCAUUUAUCAAAUGUGUUCUAAAUGUGGGAACCUGUUCCACAGCAGAGAGAGUCUAAGGGCUCAUGAAAAAGUUCACAGUCUCAGCUAUGGCAGGAAAUCCCAGAGCCAGUGCAUACUCAGUGAUGAUGAGGACUCACCUGCUGCUAAGAGACGUUACCUUGAAUGCUUCAAUCUCCAGCCUGCUGAGAAAAACACCCUGGAUGAAGAGGAGGAGAGUGAAAAGAAGAUGCUAGGUCAAAGAAUCCCAGAGCUAGAUCCAGUUUGCAGCUACCAGGCUUGGCAAUUAGCUACUAAAGGAAAGGUUGUGGAGCCAGUGGAGGCGAAUUACAAGGCUUCCUAUGGGGGAGGAAGCGUGGGGGAGGAUGCUCUUGCCGGUGCCGCUGUGGUAUUUGAGAAGGAGAGUAGUCGUUAUGUCCUGCAAGGUCAAGAGAAACGUAGCUCAGGGCGACGCAACAGCUCUGGUUUGGGAAACCAGAUUUCUUCAGGGGAUCGGACACCAGAGAGCCUUAGUGACUCAGAGUACCGGCCUUCGUCUCGCCAGGACAGACGGCGAUCCACGCAGUCGCAGGCUCCCUCCAAAUCCAACGAAUGCUUUGAGUGUGGAAAGGUGUUUCGCAGUCGUCACCAGAUGAUCGUCCACCAGCGGGUCCACAGAAAGGAUGGCGGUAGGGCAUCUGUGGAAGACAAGGAAAGAGUCUCAAGAGACGACCGAUGGGGCUCCACCAGUGAUCCAGACUCAGGCUCCCCUAGCCGACCCAGCACCCCGGGGUAUGGAGACUCUCCACCAGCCUCCACUCUUGGAGAUCAGGCUGCAGAGAUGGGCACUGCAAACUCUGGAGGGAUUGCAGAUGAGAAACCUUACAUUUGCAGCCUUUGUGACUUUGUCACCACAGAGUUGAAGACCUAUUCCACUCAUGUUCGUGUCCAACACCCGGAUGCCCCCAAAGAUAGACCCAGUCCCAUUCCCAGCCCCAGCUCCAGCUCGGACAGAGGCACCCCAUGCAGUGGUUACCCCAAACUGAAGAAAACCCUGCUCCAGGUGUUAAACAACUCUACAUCGUCUUCUUACCGUUCAGCUCGACCCACCCCACUCGAUCCCAGUAUGACCCCUGUGGAUCUAUGCGUGAGGGCUGAAGGCUGCAGGGGGAUAGCCUCACUCAACCUGGACAGAAAGGGCCUCCCAAGCCACAAGUGCUCUUUCUGUUCCCACUCUACUCGCUACCCUGAGGUGCUCUGGAUGCACCAGACUAUCGCACACCGCAUAAACAGCAGUAGCUCCAAUCUUGCUCCUAAAUGGGCCCUGAAAAAUAGCUCCAAGGGCUCCAAGGACAACUUAACAUCUUCAGGGAGACGCACUGGUCCUCCACCAGUCCUGGAGGGAAAAGAGUGUCCACCGCUUCCUCCACUGAUGCGUGCUCAACGUACCCGGCCUCCAACCUACUCCAGUGAGGUUCUAAAGAAAACCAAGAAAGCCAGUCAUGCAGCCAACCCAUUGCCAUCAUCCUCUGCUCCCACCUCCUCCUUCUCGAGAGGCUCUUCCUCCACUUCAGUCACUCAAACGGGGAAACUCCCUGUCCGGCCAAGCAGCAGCACCAGCAGCAGCAUCCGACACAUGGAGGACCAAAGCCAUCAGCCUCGCUUCAGACCCAAAGUGGAUAUUUACCCUCGGGGAAGCUCAUUGUCUUCCUCCGGCUCCUUGGAGAAGAGCACUGGUGCUCUCUUACGUUCCUCAGCCCCAAGCCCCAGCUCUGCUACAGCAUCCCGGAUUACUGACCGCUACGUGAUGCCUCAAGAGGGCCUGGGCUUCAUGCUGUCCAGCAAACAUGGACUAGCAGAGUACAGCCGAGCUAGGGGUUCCCCUCAUCAGCCACUUCACAACUCCCAUAGCCAGGGACGGGCUAAUGCUACAAGGCCAAGCACCAUCACCCAUAGCUCCACAUUGGGACACAACUAUGGAGCCUCCCAGGCACAUGGAGGCACUCUGCUGAAUUCCUCCAUCUCCUCUUCUUCUUUGCCUUCAGAGGCUCGUGGAGAUGUGAAGCAGGAGCCAAUCGCAGAGACACCAGAGAUGCCAAAUGAUAUCCUCGGCUUCCUCAAAAACUACAGCCCCCACGAACUGGCCGCACUCUACCACCGCUGGGGUGCGGCCAAUGCACUGCUGGAUCCCACUGGGAUGCUGAGGUCUCUUAUGCGGCAGGGACAGUAUUUCUGUCAUGAGUGCGGGAAGAGUUUCAGUCAGCCCAGCCACCUGCGCACCCAUAUGAGAUCCCAUACAGGGGAGAGGCCAUUCUGCUGCCGGCUCUGCCCAUACCGAGCCUCUCAGAAAGGGAACCUAAAGACACACGUCCAGAGUGUCCACCAUAUGCCUUUUGACAACAGCCAGUACCCAGACACAAGGAGUAUGUUACUGAGCCGGGAGGAACGAGGAACACUGGCUGCCAAACACCCACCGACGCCACAACAACAACAGUAGACCUGAGAGACCAGGAUCUGGACUUGGAACCAGAUUAGUCAGGGAAUCACACACCCCGAAAAACACCACCACUCGUAAAACCUUUUUGAUCCUCUACUCUCCAACCAUCAUCCUUUAAUGAUCUUAGAAGAAUUUUCUAUAAUAAAAGGUCUUGUAGUUUUUGGAAGUAUUUUUUUUUUCUUUUUUAAAUAAGAAGCUAGUUAUGGCUGUGGUAGGCCUUUUUAAACUCAAAAUGCGGGGGGGCAGCAGCAGAGAAGAGUGUCCGUGGUUAGAAAUUCAGGUGUCAGGUGUACACUCCUUGGACAUGUUCUCCACGCAGAACAAACAGUGAAAUAUAACGCGUCUCCUCAGCAGUAAAACUGGACUCACAGAUGAUCAUUCUUUUGCUUCUCUUUAUCUCCUUUAUGAGGAUGUAGUUUACAUCACCUUUAAAGGAUUUCGGAAUAUAGAAUCCCUCAAAAUUCAAAGUGUCACCUCUUUCUGCCAUUUUGGAGGUACCAACAAGUGAAGUCAAACUGAACGUGAAUGCAACUGCUAACAUUUUAAUCAAGGUCUGAGGCAUUGCAUGGCUGCUGUAGUUGCCACCCUCUUUACCUUCUUUUUAAUCUUUGUCGUAUAAGAGUUUGUGCAUUCCUCAGGACACCAAUCAUCAGAGGUGAGAUGAGAAAGAAGAUGCUCUGCAGUUCAUCAACAGUCAACUGACAUGUUGCAAGCUUGUUUCCUCUGGGUACUAGUCGUAAAGAUGAAGACUUGCUUUUGCGUGUGUGUGUGUGUGUGUGUGUGUAUCUGCAUGCACAAGUGAGUUAAACUCACUUCCCUCCACUCCAGAGUGUUAUGUUACGCGUACAGUGACCACUCUGAGGCUGUGUAGCUGAUGAUUAGAAGGAGAGUGAGAGAACGAGCGAGAUAGAGAGGGGUAGGAUUAAGAAGAGAGAGAGAAAACGCUAAUGGGGGUGUCUGCUUUAGUGCUCAUUAAAAAGAGUGCACUUUUUUAAUAGCCAAUAUAAACGAGCGUACCAUUUUUAUGGCCAUUCAAUUAUUGUCCAUUUGAGAGGAUGAGACUGAGUGGAGGCAGUUUUCCUCCAUAACUCCUUCAUGUUACUGUGUUUCCGACACAUCUGACUUUGAAUCAGACUGACUUCGAAACAGCAUGAAUGACAGGAAGAUGCUAGCUUGGCUGUGGACUGCACAAGCGAAACUUGUGUACUUGCAAAAGAGAACAUCAGACUGCUAGCUGGUACGGGAACCAAAACCAAUCAAGUCUCUUGCAUAAAGCCUGCCCGCAGCACAGAAUACCCGCCAGAAUAUCCGCCUCCCAAAUAAUGUAAUCUCAGGGGUCACAGGAUACAUAAGCAAAUCGAAGAGAAUUAUACUUCUCUGACACAUAGUUAGACUUUUCUAACCAUUCUCUUUGUGGAAAAAUAUUUAAAAAGAUCAGACAUAGGAGAGCUAUAGAUCUUCUCAUCUAGCUCUUGGCAAGAAAGUGAAAAAAUUUAUUUCCCAAAGUAUUUCAUAUCCACUUCACCUGAUUUUGUUACCAAAAACACAUUAGCAAGCCAAACUUCCAUAUAGUCAGUCUAAUUUGAAUGAUGAUGUAAAGGUUUUUCAUUCUGGGAUGAAAGUGUGAUGAGGUCAGAGAGAGAGAGAGAGCAGCCAGAGGUCAGGAGGUCAGGCUUCAAGAGAGUUCAGGCCUGAAUACACCAGAUGGAGAUAUUCUGAAGCUGACUGUAACUGUAGAGUUGUCACAGCCAUAACACAGGUGUGUGUGAGCAUGUGCAUUUAUGCAUUUGUAUGUGCAUUCUUUUGAAACCUCUCCAUAUUGUAUAAGAAGUUGAGUGACUUCUGUGUACUCCAGCCUCCCUCUAGAUGCUUUGUAUACUAGCCUACCUCCUUUACAGUGAAAGCCUAUUUGAAGUUUAUUGGCUGAUGUGAAGCAGGGACUCUUUCUUUGCUAGAUGUUUUCUUUGUGUCCUGGCCUUGGUUUUGUCUCCUCUAUGAUUGAAAAAGCCACACUGGGGAAAAGAAAAGGAAAAGCAAGCUAGUACAAAGCAGGUUCCACUUGCAAAGCAAGAGUAGAACUGUUGAUUCAUGGAGACAUUUUUGUAUGCAUAAAAUCAAAACUCAAACCAGUUAAAGAUUACAUACAGAGUACUGUACUUUCCAUCUAUUUUGAGACCUCAGUCGUUUUUACAAAAUGAUGUAAUGGUUGCUAUACCAGCACGUCGAUGAGUUAUGCAUACAACAUUGUGUGCUUGAAUUUGCCUAAAAAUACACAGACGUGUAUAUUGAAGGUGUGGUUAGUGAAAAUACUUGAAACGGAUACUCUAGCCUUUGAGGUAGUGUAGUACUAAUACCAAUGUUGUACAGAAUUCCCUUUAAGAUUAACUCCUCAGUUAUGAAUUUGUACUCCGAAGUGUGACUUAGAAAAUUUAUGAAGCAAGUGAGUGUAUGUAAUAUAGAGUGUAUAUCUGUAAUCCACUCUUACCAAACCCUUAUAUACAGCAGUAGAAACCAAAUGGCAUUACUAGUGCACUUAGACUAGGUUACUGCUUUAACCAUUCUCAUUUUAUCCAAUUCUAGCUAAGGUUUCUUUGAGAAUGUCUUUUUAAUGGUGCCAGCUAACACACUUCAGUGUCAUUUCUGGUUUAGAGGUUUUUUGUUAGAAUAAUUCCAUAGAUUUUAAUGACAAAUAAUUUGGUCUAUGGCACAACUUUUUAGCUACAUUUCCUUAUGGAUAAUUUGGUGAUGCUAGGUGCAGCAGUGCUUAUUUUUUCAUAAAGAUGUAAGAGUGUGUUUUUAGUCUUUCUCUUUGCUAAACUGUAGGAUUUGUUCAUUAGCUAGUCAUGGCUGCUCUCCCAGAGGGGCUGGCAGGUGUCGUUCUUUUCUCUUUGGUUGGGUUUUUAUCAUGCCUCUUAAGUUGUAUUAUUUGUGUCCGUAUUCCUUUUUUUUUUUUUAUUUGUUAUGAACUUCGUGAUUAAUUUACCUUAGAAGACAUUAUUAUUCCAAAUGUAUUUGGUUGAUAUCUGUAUUUAUUAUCACUUCAAAAAGGAUAAGAGGACAGAGGCAGACAGGAGCGUUUGUUUAAUUUGAUUUUUCUGGGUUGUUUUUGUUUUUAUACUGUGUAGUUUUCAUGCCAGCAAGCCGAUGUGAAAGCUCUACCUCGUCUGAGCCAUUCUCAGUUCUGUUACACUUUUGUACAUCAUUUCAAAAAGAUGUAAUGUCAUGUCCACAAUAAAGACACACAAAAUGGCA